UAGAUGUGUACGUAGAAAAAAAAAACUUUCUUAAAAGGGCUCAAACCCUUCGAAGUUCGAACCCCAUGGCGAAACCCUCGAAAUCGAAGAACCCAUCGGAGGCAGAUGAUGGGGUGCUCGACGCCGAUGCCGAUUCCGACCUCGAUGCCGGCAAAAAGUCACCGUCGAUAGACAAUGUCACCGGCGACAAAGAGGCAAAGACCGCCAAGAGAUUAACCAGCAAAAGAAGAAAGGUAGUUAGUUCUUGUACAUCGUCAGAACACUCACGGGCAGUAGAAUUAGUUGCCAGCAAUGAAGAUCUCCUAACAGAGAUCAUUUCCUUUCUGCCUGCGAAGCCGCUCCUCAAAUUCAAGUCUGUAUCUAAGCAUUGGCGCUCUCUCAUCUCCGACGUAAAGUUUACCUCCAACCACGCCUGCCGAAAUCCCAGUUCUUCCUUGAUCUCAGGCCUCUACUUCUAUCAUAGACCUUGGGUUACAUUCAAGUCUGUCUCGCUUCAUGGCCACCUAAGUCUUCCCACACUUGCCUUCCUUGAUCCUGUACUGAAAGGAUCGGAGUCUCGUGUUGAGGACUCUUGCAAUGGCUUACUAUUGUUCUCGAAUGGUGGCAAAAAGGAGUAUAUUGUUUGUAAUCCGACCACCCAGAAAUAUAUUGCACUUCCCCAACAUGGUGACAGCACUACAUAUACAUAUUCUCAUAAUUUCGGUGCCUACUUGGCUUUUGAUCCUUCAAAAUCGCCUUACUACAAAGUUGUCUUGCUAAGUUACCAUUGUGGUUAUGUGGAAAGAUCUAGGUCAUAUCGUAUUUAUAUAUACUCAUCAGAGAGUGCGUCUUGGAAAGAAGUGCAUGUAAAAGCACCCAUUGUUGGCCCCUAUGGACGCAGGGUCUUUUGGAAUGGAGCAAUUCAUUGGAUGAGUCACGACGAUAAUCACAUUCUGUUUGAGUCGUUCAACAUUGAUGCAGAGAUUCUGACAGGAACCCAAACGCCUAAAGUACCUAAUAUCCUUAAUGGAGAUAAGAUUCAGUAUUUUGGGGAAUGUGGUGGGAGUUUGCUUCUUAUUCAGUCUCGUGAGUACUCUGCUAUGGGAUUCAGAAUCCUUGAGAUGAAAAAAGACUGUUGUCGUUGGAUUGUGAAGUGCCGAGUGAAUCUGAGACCCAUACGUUCGGUAUUCCCUGAAGGAUACUGCCCAGAAUAUUGCGUGCUGUGUUGUGUGAAUGGAGCAAACGGAAAAGAUUUCACGCUCGUGUUUGUUAUCCCGGGGAAAGUUAUUGCAUAUGAUCUGAAUUCGAAGGCAAUGAAGGUGCUUCUUGAUUUGCAUGGUGACGCUGAUAGCCCUUCUCACUAUUCAUAUUAUCAAGUUUACCAAUUCAUUGAAAGCUUAUCCCCUAUUUGAGCAUCUACUACAUUCUAAUUUCCUUUUGCUUCAAUCUACUUGUUGAUGGUCGUACACUCAUUAUUUGUUGCUUGUUAUAAGAUAUCUUUGGUUACUUUGCUGUAAUCUUUUGAGUGAGAAAGCUAUCAUCUUUUUGCAGAAGUUCACAGAAUUCUUA